AAAUCAUCAAAUCUAUUUCACUUCCAUUUUGAUGAACUUACUUUUGAUUACAUUCAAUAUAUCAUACAAUGUAUGAUAAAUCAAUCCUAUAAAACACAAGUAAUCAUGUACUUAAAAAUUAUUUCAUCGUUCAACUGAAAACCUUCGACUUUGAAAAACAAACAAGAUAACCAAUCAAUAUUUCGCACCAACUGGAUUAAUUUCGUCCCGAUAUGACUCACCGGCACUUUUUGGAUCACGUAGGAGUGAUACUUAUUCAGUGCGCAACCCUUCUAUUAAUAAACGUCGUUCAAAACCGAUUAGUCGCGAUCCAAUUAUUACUGGCAGGUGCUGAUUGGCCGGCCUCAAUGUGGCAAUCGUAAGAAAAACCUACAAAAGAUAGCACCGCUCGCGGUCGGCCCAAUUUUUCUCGACCAUUUCAAGUGUCACCUCUGAUCAUCUAACUAUGAAAUAUCCGUAAAAGUUGGAUGAAUUAACUAUACCCACAUACCCGAACCAAUCCAGUAAGCUGAUCAAUAUUAAUCGAUCAAUAAACAAAAAGCGAGGAGUAAAAAGGUGUCAGUGAUUUAAACUUGCAAUAAAUUUUAUCGUAAAAUAUUUGCAACGAGAUCAUUUGGAUGAAAAGUGGAAGAAAGUUCGAAUUGUUAAAUUGAGACAAAGAUCCACAUCGAGUGAAGUUCAGCAAAUAUGGCAGGGUACACACCGCCCAUGUACAUACCCCCGGAGCCUAAAUGGAAGCACUGGCCCACCUACAUCUACGACCGGAACUACAGCGCUGGGAUAAAUUAUUAUCAGCCGAUGCUCGAAUACCUAGAUCGUAGAGACAAGUCGUCGAGGGAUUAUCGAGGUUCGAGAUCGGAGCCACCGGAGUUACCGUGGUCCGAUGGCAGGGUUCUAUGGGAGGACAAACCCGUGGAACCCUAUUCCAGACACGAGCUGAUCAAACGAGCGAUCGACGCGGAAGACGAGGCCAGGGAACACCUGUCUCACUUCAAGAUAGCGAAUCGCUCGGACUUCAGCUUGUCGAAGACAGCGCAAGCCAGCCACGUGACUAGAGAGGUGUUCCCACGAAAACUCGAAGAGAUCCGAUUGAGACCGUUACCUCUGUUCGUGAAGAGCGCGCGGGCCAGAAGCGAAGCCAGGAACAUCCAACGGGAAAUGGCCGACAUCGAUUUCCAGUCGCUCAAGGACGUGCAGAACAUGUCGGACGUGCAGGACGCGUACGAUCACGGGAGAAGUCUGCGCGGCAAAUCGGCCAAGGCGAUCGAGUUCUAUCUGAGAGCGGAGGCCCUCAAGAAUCUGAGCAAGAGUCAGGAACUGGCGGACAUCAGGAAGUUCCAGAGAGAGAACCUGUCCGUUUUGUGGGACGGUAGGGAACACCUCCGACUCAUGGAUGAAAGGACCAGGAAUCUGAUCGACGAGGACAGAUUGACCGCUCCUUUGAACAGCCUGAGCAGAGAGCUGAAAGGAUACGAGGAGAAGUCGAGCAACUACUUCCUGAACAAGAGGUACCAACGACUCUUAAGACCCAAACGAUUGUACGGAUGCCUGGGAAUUAGACCCUCUUGAUGGACGUGUCCAUCCACGGUAGAUUUAAUGUCGUAGUUACAUGUGGGUAAAAAAUGUGACACGAAACGAUCUAAUGAUAUAUGAUACCAAUAAACGACACAGAUUUGAUUAUACUCGA